AUGGCGGACGCGCUUCUAAGCUUGCCAGGCAGAACUAAAGUUCGAAAAACUAGUCUUCCGUUGGCAUCAACUCGAAGUUUUUUAGUAAAGAAACCGCCGCAAGCACCACUUCAACAACAAGGACAAGAAGGCGUUAGAUUAAAGAGUGGAAGCACGCUUCGCGAAGAUGAAUUCUUGGAAGAACUCGAGCAACAACGGGAAAGCCAUACGGAAGGAAUUGUGUUGGAAAACACUUAUCGAGUUGCACCAGACCCACAGAAGAAAUUCUCACCUGGUUUGUUUUUUUAUUAACUUACCUAUACUUCAUCUUGUUUGUGAAAUUGCAUAUAAACAUCGGCUUUAAUUAUUUGCUUUUUGGGUUGAUAUUAGCUUGAGUAAUGGUAAUUAAUAAGGAGUGUGAAGUGGAUUAUAUUGGUUGACUUUUAAUUCGCAAGACUUCCUUAAAACCUCGCUAAAAUAGAAAUCGAAAAGCCAUUCAACUAAGAUGAGUCAAAUUCUUGCGGAAGAAAAUUGGGGACAAAACCUGAAACAAAACAUUAGAGACCAAAAAAAGCGAUGAUUUUUCAAACUUAUAUCUAAUUAACCUCCUUUUCUUAAAAAAGAUCUAGAAAUGCCAUUUGUUGGGAUUUAUUUGUAGCUAGUGCAUUUAUUUGUAGCUAGUACUUGAUCAAAGACUUGUGCCACUAAGCCAAAAACUUGCGAACAUAAAAGAACUAGAGUAAUGUUUUCCCAAUUCGAACCUCGCAUCACUGAAUUCAGUAAGUGAUAUGGUAACAGGUCGUUACGCUCGAACGUCAAUUCGCCCGAAGUUGUUUCACUUUGACGUAAGCCUGAUAAAAGUAAUCUUAACUACAAACAUCUCCGAUAAGCUGUGUUGUAGAGUGUUCUUUGUUAUCCGGCUGAUCGACUUAGGUCCGGGCGAAACAACUUUGGGGCGAAUCGACGUUCAGGCGAAACAACCACAAUUAAGUGCUAUAUCUGACAAAAUAGGCUGAAAAAGUAGCGUAUAAUUUGUUUGUCAUCCUUUACAGCUGCGGUAAAAAGGAUUGCAGAGGACGUGCUGAUCAACCGACUCGCCAGUGUCAGUUACGAUCCGAAGAUUUGCCGAGAUCUUACUCUACAAAUUUCAGAUGAAGUCAGGUCCCAGGUCAAGCUUCUUGGAUUCGAUCGAUACAAGAUCGUGUGUGUUACGCACAUUGGUCCGAAAAUGGGUCAGAGCAUUAGGGUCGGAAGCAUGUGCUGCUGGGAUGAUAAAAACGAUAACUUCGCGGAGUGCAGCUUCAUCAAUAACUCACUAUUCGCAGUGGCGUUAGUAUUUGGAGUGUAUCAAGAGUGA